AUGACGCAAGUAUCUGACGCAGUGAACCCUGGCCUGUCCUCCGCUCCACCUCUGCCCAUUCACAUGUCUGUGAGCGAGCUCCACUCGGCUCUACUCACGGCCCCACUGCCUAAUCGCCUUAACACCGUCAGGGGGGCGGGGCGAAGCCUGACCGACACUUUCCACCUCUCCCCACCCACUCUCACUUACGCUCAUUCCCAGGACUCUACUCUGCACACACUUUGGAACCCUCCAUGGGCUGCUGCACGUAUGGCCGCCCCGCUGAGCAGCCUUCACGCGGCCUUGGUUGUUCUCUCCGUGGCCCACCUCUCCGCAGCUCUGAAGUGCGUGUGCCAGCUCUGUGCCAACCACACCUGUGAGACGUCUGCAGAUGGAGCCUGUUGGAACUCCGUCAUGUUGAUCGACGGGAAGGAGGAGGCGGUCAAGUCCUGUCUGAGUCCGGCUGAGAUGAGAGGCCAAGUCUUCUGCUACGGCUCCAGGAAUGUAUCAAAGAGAAACUGCUGCUUUACCGACUUUUGCAACAAUGAGACGCUACAUUUGCACAUAGAGCGUCCUCCAGAAGAGGGGGGCUGGGGCCGGCUGCACUGGGUGGUCCUGGUGCUGCUUCUCUCUGGUGCCCUGUGUGUGGUCCUGGUGCUGCUGCUGGUGUGCGUGCUGCAGGGCCACAGGUGCACGUACAGCCGCGCUCACAAACAGGACCCUGAGGAGCCCCUGGACGACCAGACUCUGCUGUCCCCUGACAAGUGUCUGCAAGAGCUCAUUUACGACAUGAGCACCUCUGGGUCUGGCUCAGGUCUCCCGCUGUUGGUGCAGAGAACCAUCGCACGCACCAUCGUCCUGCAGGAGAAUAUCGGGAAGGGCCGUUUCGGAGAGGUGUGGAGGGGCAAGUGGAGGGGGGAGGAUGUGGCUGUGAAGAUCUUCUCCUCCAGAGACGAGCGUUCUUGGUUCAGAGAGGCCGAGAUCUACCAGACUGUGAUGCUCCGACACGACCACAUCCUGGGCUUCAUCGCUGCUGACAACAAAGACAACGGCUCGUGGACGCAGCUGUGGCUGGUGUCCGAGUACCACGAGCACGGCUCCCUGUACGACUACCUGAACAGAUCCACGGUGUCCGAGGAGGGCAUGAUCCUCCUGGCCCUGUCCAUGGCCAGUGGCCUGGCUCAUCUGCACAUGGAAAUCAUAGGCACACAGGGGAAACCAGCCAUCGCACACAGAGACCUCAAGUCCAAAAAUGUCCUUGUGAAGAAAAAUGGCACUGCGGUGAUUGCCGACCUGGGUUUGGCUGUGAAGCAUGACUCUAGCAGCAACUCCAUAGACAUCCCAACCAAUCACAGAGUCGGAACCAAAAGGUACAUGGCCCCCGAAGUCCUGGACGAGACGAUCAAUUCCACAAACUUCGAGUCGUUUAAACGCGCGGACAUGUAUUCUCUGGGGCUGCUGUUCUGGGAGCUGGCUCGGCGAUGCUCGGCCAGAGGAUUUCAGGAGGAUUUCCAGUUGCCUUUUCACGACAUGGUGCCUUCAGAUCCAUCCGUAGAGGACAUGAGAAAAGUGGUGUGCGAGCAGAAGUUCAGACCCAACGUUCCAAACCAGUGGCAGAGCUGUGAGGCGCUGCGGGUGAUGGGGAAAUUGAUGAGAGAAUGCUGGUACGCCAACCCUGCCGCGCGUCUGACCGCUCUGAGGGUCAAGAAGACAGUCUCCCAGCUCUCCAUCAACAGCGACGUCAAACUCGUGUAG